CGCCCCCGCCGCAAUCACUCCGCACAGCAGCGGCGGCGGCGGCGGCCCGUCCCCGGAGGCGCUUCCUUCCUGCGGCGGGCGGCGGGGAGGGCCGGAGCGCCUAUAAAUCGGGCGGGCGGGCGGGCGACGGCAUGCCAGAGAUUUGCGGCGCCGGCCGGCCCCUCCGCCGCCCGCCAUGCGGCGGCUCCCGCUGCCGCUGCUGCUGCUGGCCGGGCUGGGGCUGGGGCUGGGGCUGGGGCUCGGGGGGCAGCCGGAGCCGGAGCCGGCCGCCCCCUCGGGAGCGCAGUGCCUGGAGCACGACUGCUUCGGCAUCUUCUGGGCGGCGCGGUCCUUCGCGGAGGCCAGCGCGGAGUGCGAGCGGGGCGGCGGGCACCUGAUGACCGUCCGUUCCACCGUGGCGGAGGACGCCAUCGCCCUGCUGCUGCAGAACCGGAGCGGGCGGCUGUGGCUGGGGCUGCGCCUGCCCCUGCCCUGCACCGAACCGACCCAGCGCCUCCGCGGCUUCCAGUGGGUGACGGGCGACGGCCGCACCGACUAUUCCAACUGGGCGCCGUCGGGGCGGCGGUGCGGGGAGCUCUGCGUGACCGUGUCGCGGGACCUGCGGUGGGAACAACGGCGCUGCGAGGAGCCGGCCGACGGUUUCCUCUGCGAGUACAACUACGCGGGGAGCUGCCCCCGCCUGCCCCCCGCCGAGGGGCUGCCCGUCACCUACGCCACCCUCUUCGGCGCCCGCGGCGGGGACUUCCUGGCGCUGCCUCCCGGCAGCUCCGCCGUCGUGCCGGCGCUGGGGCUGGAGCUGCUCUGCGACGAGGCGGGGGAAAGCGGGGGGCUGCGCUGGGGCCGCGCCGCCCCGGGAGCUUGGCCCUGCCGCCUGGCCAACGGGGGGUGCGACGGGGCUUGCGACGAGGAGGGCGGGCGGCCGCGCUGCUCCUGCCCCGACGGCAAGGUGCUGGCCCCCGACGGCCGCGGCUGCGGCUCGCCCUGCGCCGGCGCGCCCUGCCAGCAUCACUGCGUCGUCACCGGCAGCAGCUUCCUCUGCAUGUGCGACUCGGGCUACCAGCUGGCAGCCGACGGCAGCACCUGCGAGGAUGACGACGACUGCGCCGUGUUCCCCAGGCUGUGCGAACAGGUCUGCGUCAACACCGAGGGCGGCUUCGAGUGCCGCUGCCACCGCGGCUACGAGAUGCUGGAAGGGCGCUGCCGGCCCGUCUCCCGCUGCUACGAGGCGCCCUGCGAGCAGCGGUGCGAGGACAUGCCCGACGGGUACCGCUGCAGCUGCUUCCCCGGCUACGCCGUCGACCCGCAGGCGCCCGCCCGCUGCCUGCUGCACUGCAACCGCAGCCAGUGCCCGGCCCAGUGCGACCCGCACAACAUGUCCUGCGAGUGCCCUGAGGGCUUCGUGCUGGACAACGAUAACGACAGCGGGCAGGUCUGCGUGGACAUCGACGAGUGCGACAUGAACUUCUGCGAACACAACUGCACCAACUAUCCCGGCGGCUACGAGUGCCACUGCCGCGCCGGCUACCGGCUCCUCAACCAGAACGACUGCAUCAAAAUCCUGGAGGAGGACAGGGACGAAGCGUACUCGGGGGAUCUCGGGCCCGAACCCCAGACUCCCGUCCCCAGCCGGACCCCGCCGAAGGUGGAGCACCUCCAUCCCGGCGUGCUGGUGGGCGUCACGGUGGGCUCCCUCUCUGCGGCGCUGGCCCUGCUGGCCCUGGGCUACCACCUGGCGAAGAAGCGCUGCAGGGCCCCCACCUCCAUGGAUUACAAGUACAGCGGCGCCCACGAAAAGGAGAUGGGACUUCAGCCGGUCGCCUCGGGGUGUGCCGCCUCCGGCCAGAAACUGUAGGGAGACCGGGCAGGACGGAGAGAUGGAGGCGGCCGGAACCGGGUAACAUUUACUCCUCCCCCUUACCCCAACUUUUUAAUGAGAAGGAGAAUUUGGGAAAAGCUGUGGUCACCCCACUUCCAAAAAUACUCGCCGCUUUCCAGCCGGCUCUUGCAACACUCGCACCAGAGAGCGGGGAAGGUGGAAGGGACGGAGCGCUUCUCCGUUUCUGCUCGCUUCGCAGGCGGUGGCAGGCGCUCGGCUUUCCUUUUCCCGAGCCAGCAGCUGGAGGGGGGCUUCAAGGAAAAACUCCGCCUGCGUUACAGGAGGGACCUCUCCGUCUGUUUAAAUCCGCGUCGACCAUGGGACGAGAGCAGAGCACGCCAGCCGCGGCUGGCUGGGUCGUUGCGGACCGUGGAAGGUCGCCUGGCUCCCAGUCCCCCUCCCCUCGGCCGGGAAGCGUGCCGCUGGGCUGGAGAUGAUGAUUUUCCUGGGGUGGCAAGGAGCUGGGGUGCUCCUGCCUUUGUCUGGGUUCGGUUCAGCGUUUUUAAACUGAUGGGUAAUGGAAAAAGGAGCAAAGAUCCUGUGGUCAGCACUUUGCCUCGCUCCUCUGCCCCCCUCUGCCCCAUCGGCAGAAAUCGCAGUUUUUGUGUGUGUGUGUGUGUGUCCCACCUCUGGCAGCUGAGCGCUUUUCGCCUUGAGUCGCUAGUGACAGCGGGGGCCCUGCUGAGCGCCGCCGUGUGAGGGUUAAACUGCCCGAUUUCUGUUCCCUCUAACCGUUUUGGGGCUUGUUCCGGAGGCGCAGAGGUUAAAUGGGGAUACUGAGAACGCCAGGGUAAUUUUUUCCAUGGUAGGAAAGGCGGUUUGCAGUGCCGGGGAGCCUCGCGUUCCCCAUGUGAUUUCUUCCGUGAUUUUCUGCCGUUGUUGGGUUAUAAUGUUUGUGUGGGUUUUUUUCACAAACCCACUUAAGGGACCCCUCCUGUCCACGGGGGUUUUUUUCCUUUUUUUCCUUUAGUCUUGUCCAGGGCUGAGUCUAAUCCCUGCUGAAGCUCACGGUAAAACUUUCCCAGGGAGCAGGAUCUGGCCCGCUGCUUGCUUCCCAGCCACGGACUGGGGGGAAAUCUGGGAAACUCUGUGUUUUUCCAGCUCCGUCGUUCGGUGGGGAGAGACGGGGCAGCUCUGCAAAGCUGGGCAGAGCUGGCGGGGCUGGGGGGGGGAGGUUCCUGCUCCGGCGGCCGUGGUGGGGUGAAGCCGGCGGCUGUUGGUGCGAGCGGCGGAGCGGGUGCUGACAGUUUUAUGCCCGUGAAAUACCAACCCUUAGCUCUGCCGCAGGAAGUUUUGCAAGCCCGGGGUCAGAACUCUUGAGAGCUGGAUGCUGCAGAGGGGCUGCGAAACUCGGGGGGGGGGGGUGUGUGACAUUCCCCCCUUAUCUGCUAAAGGAGCGUGCUAUCACGUGGCGUUUCCCCCUCCCGAUAUGUUGCAGCCUCCAAGGAAAAUAAAAAGAUACGUGUUGUAUGAGCUGUAGCUUUCCUAAUGUAAAUGGUUUUAUACACCCGGCACAUUUGUAAAUUCUUAUUUAUUUAUUGGAAAUAUACCCUACGCGAUGCACAAUCACAUGGUGAUUUUGUGUGUAGACCAAUAAAGCUUUUACAGUCUGGUUUAUAGAAA